CUGCUGAGGUGCAGGGUUCAGGGAGACAGUGGAAGCUUCCUGCAGCGGUGUCCCCCAGCAGCCUGGACUCCCAUCUUGGAAAGAGGAGCUGCCUUGGUGAAGGUGGGAAAUCUGGGGAGCCUGGAGGCUGCAGGAGCUCAGGGGGGUCGCAAAGAAGGCAAUGGAGAGGCCCCUGUGUGGCCAGUUUGGGGCCUUACGCCCCUCAGAGAGACGGUGAAUCCACUGGGCAGUGACACUGGGCAGAACUUUGAAUGAAGGGGGAGCCCCGAGCCUCACCGGUACAGACUUGCCUGGCCAUUCACCAGAGAAUCACCAUGGUAUGGAGUCGGAGGAGAAGGGGACAGGGUGCGUCUUAUUCCAGAGCAAACUCCCAGAGGUAAAGGCCGUGCUACGCUGGGCUGAGGCGAGGUGCCCCCCUUCCCUGGCUUCUGCGUGGGUAGUGACGGGAAAGAGAUGUAACAGACCGUGGACAGGGACCAAUGAAGACCAGGGGUUUGGGAUUAGGGGCCAUCAGGCGUUUCGGGGGUGUGUCAGAGGGGAUUUAGAUGCGGGCCCAGGGUCUUAAAGUGGCGGGGGAGGGCCCCCAGGCCAGUCCCGAAGGCCCUCGGCCGCACCUAGGUCCCGAGCUCGGGUAAGGGGAUUGUGGACAGCCUCCAAGCCGGAGCGGUCCCAGGGCACUCCGCUACCCUCACGCGCUGUUGUUUUCCUCACCGGCUGCCCGAGGCGAUGUGAUUGGCGGAGGGGUCGGUGGUCUGUACCAGGAUUGGCUGCUGGGGCGGGGGCGUGUCCCGGGAACAGAGCCCGCCCCGAGCCUUCAAAUACUAAGCCCACCCCGCGGAGCCCGCAGACCGACAGAAGCUCAGGGCAAGUGGACCGCGGGCGGUGAGCGGGGAGCGCGGGCGCAGACGCACUAGGAGCCCCAGCGGGACGCCGAGCGAGCGGCUCGGCAGAGGCACCGCGGCGUUCGCCCGGAGUGUCCGGGGCCGUCGGACGCCCGUCUCUCCUCCAGCCAUGGGGUCGGCGGCGUUGGAGAUCCUCGGCUUGGUGCUGUGUCUUGUGGGUUGGGUGGGCUUGAUCCUGGCGUGUGGACUGCCCAUGUGGCAGGUGACUGCGUUCUUGGACCACAACAUCGUGACGGCGCAGACCGCCUGGAAAGGGCUGUGGAUGUCGUGCGUGGUGCAGAGCACCGGGCAGAUGCAGUGCAAGGUGUACGACUCGGUGCUGGCGCUGAGCCCCGAGGUGCAGGCGGCGCGCGCGCUCACCGUGGGCGCCGUGCUGCUGGCGCUCGUCGCGCUCUUCGUGAGCCUGGCGGGCGCGCAGUGCACCAACUGCGUGGCGCCGGGCCCCAGCAAGGCGCGCUUGGCCCUCACGGGCGGCGUGCUCUACGCGGUCUGCGGGCUGCUGGCGCUCGUGCCGCUUUGCUGGUUCGCCAACAUCGUGGUCCGCGAGUUCUACGACCCGACCAUCCCUGUAUCGCAGAAGUACGAGCUGGGAGCUGCUCUGUACAUCGGCUGGGCGGCGACGGCGCUGCUCAUGUGCGGCGGCGGGAUCAUGUGCUGCGGCGCCUGGGUCUGCACCGGCCGGCCUGACCUCGGCUUCCCGGUGAAGUACUCAGCGCCGCCUCGACGGCCCGCAGCCAGCGCCGACUACGACAAGAAGAACUACGUCUGAGGGCGCCGGGAACGGCGGGAGUCCUCGCGCCGGCCGCGCGCCUGUGAACCGGAGAACGGGCCAGGUGCACCUUUCACCGACCGAGGUCCGCCCCGCGCACAGGCUCGGUGGAACGCCCAGCUGUUGCCUGGACGCUGCUCAUGGCCGGGACUGACCAGCCCUAUGCUAGCGGCCCAUUCUUUCAAAAUGCCACUCACAGGAUCCUGGGCCGCCCCCUGUCCAGAGCAAGUGACACACACUUGGCAGGACCUGCUCGGUUUCUCUGUGUGAACUGCUGGCUCUGGAGAGGAAGAGGGUGGGGCACGGGUCCAGUGGCCUCGCGAAGGAUGGAAGAUGCCGCUCCUCAGCCUGGCCCAAGGGAAAGUGGGUGCCCAAGUACAUCCCAGCAGCUUCUGCUGGCUCUAAAAGGGCAGGAGCUGAGGGUCGAGCUGUCUGGGCUUUGGGACACAUUUGCUGACCCUCAUCAUCAGCGGGACCUGAGUCCAAGAGAACCGACACUUGGCUUGAACCUCUCGGCCUCACCCUAGCCAGCUCCCAGGCCAGACGUAUGGACACCAGAUCCUGGGAGUGGGGCUGGGGUACUGUGCUCUGGCACAGCUUGUGGGGGAGGGAGAGGAUUUGCUUAGUAAAUGGCUUGAACACCUUC